AUGAAGGGACGUGAGGCUGCCAAGGAAGUCAAGGCUGGAACAACUGAAACUAAAGAGGGAAACAAAACAGAUGAUGAGGACGAGGAAACUAAAGAAGAAAAGAAAGAUGAGGCAUCAAAGAAAGGAGAGGUAGAUGAAGAGGAAGGAGAAGAGGAAGAGACAGAGGAAAAGGAGAAAAAAGAAAGGAAAGAAAGAAAAAGAGAGAAUGUGACUAAAACCCCUAAAAAAGAAAAUGAAAUUCCAUUGUACGAUCAGCCAUUGGAGAUGAGUGGCAAGCGGGAUCGAAAAAAGGUUGAACGGUUUGUACAGGAGGCGAAAAAGGAGGAAGUGGAACCCACAGGAACAGGAGAAGCUCUUGGAGAUAUUCCCUUCAUUGAGUCCAUGAUCUCUAAAAUGUCAGCAGAUGAGCUUAAAGUCUUACAUAGGGUUGCCUACAGUCGACCAGGAAGUAGUAAUGAAAUAAAGAAAAACCUUCGCAAAUUCAAUGGCUUUCCAUUCACAAAAGAAGACAAAAAAUACCAAAGCAAGUUAAGCAUUGUGGAAAGAAUAGUUAUGUCCGAGAUCAAGAAGAUGUUGAUGAUUUUAGGAUUGGAGAGAUCCGGCAACAAGGCAGAGGCUGUAGAAAGAUUAAUGGCAUUCAUGCUUGAACCACAUGAUACAGGAAAAAAGCCUCAGAUAUCAGGAAAGAGAGCUAAAGGGAGAGGAAGACCAAAGAAGGGGCAAGAGAAGAAACGAGAAAACAAUACAUCUAUGAAUGACUCGGAGAGUGGUGGAAAUGAGAGUAAUGAGUCAAAUUUGGAUGAACGUGAGGAGGAAGUGGAUGAGGAAGAAGAGGAGAUAGUAGACGAGGAGGAUGAGGAGGUAGAAGAAGAAGAAGAGGAAGAAGAAAAACCCAAGAGGACGCCAGCAAGGAAGACUCCGGCUAAGAAAGCACCAUCAAAGAGGGCAACAUCAGCUAAGAAGGCUGCACCAGUAAGGCGAUCCCGAGCUGCUGAGUCUGAUGAUUCAGAUUCAGACGAUGAACCUUUGGCCAAAAAAGUCAAGCAACCUCCAUCAGAUGCAGAACUUAAAAUAAUGGUGAAGAAAAUUUUAGAAGGUGCCAAUUUGGAAGAAGUGACGAUGAAGAGUGUAUGUCGACAAGUGUAUGAUAAUUAUCCUGACUUUGACCUUACUCACAAGAAAGUCUUCAUUAAGGAAACUGUGAAAUCUAUAAUAUCGUGAUUGGUCAGCUUUACCAGCGUUAAGUAUAGUACAAAUUGUUCAUAUAAUGCUUUUUAUUGUAGAGUUAAACAAAAUUAUGAAAAUCUGUACGAAUAUGGCAGUUAAAAUCUUUUAAGACCUCAUCAGUUACAUGAAAGUUAUUUAAUUUGGUAGUGUUAAUGGCACCUGCCUUUUAUCCCUGUGUUCUUUCUCUUAAGUAAUUGCUUUGGCACAAAUUCACAUCUGAGCAAAUGUGAAAAGUUCUUCACCUAAGACUUUACCCAUCUAUGAGCCACUGUUAUUUUCAUUUACUGUAAAAUAGUUUUCUGAUUUUUUAAAUGUCUCAGUGUAACCAAAUUUUCUCUAAUUUUGGUAAAAAAAAAAAAAAAGUUAAGCUAAAAAGUUCACUGCUGCAGUUCAGUUUGCUUCUCGCUUUUACAACAUUUUAAUAAAAUAUAGGCUUAGGAAGAUUUACGAUAACAUUUCUUUGUUGAGCCUAACUGAUGCAAACGUCAAUAGUUGCUUACUAAUUAGUGUUGUGGUACUUAAAGAAAAAUCUGGCUGUGUUCUACUAUAGUUACUCUUCUUGGUGAGAAGUAUCACAUAAUAACACUAUUCGCAAGACUUAAGGGAUGAUGAAAAACUUUAAAUUAAGCAGUUUUAAGAGGCUCUCUUCAUGCAUUUGUGCUAUUCCUUUGCUGAUCUGACGUGUGAUACUUUUUUAAACAGAGUGCAUCAAACUUAUUGGAUGUUAACUAUAAAAUAACCUGGGAAUGGAUUUUCAUAUGCUUGGUGUAAUGGUAUUGUCCAGUGUAAUAUUAUUACCUAGUUCAAUAGUAUUGCCUGGUGUAAUAUUAUAGCCCAGUGUAAUAGUAUCACCCAGUGUAAUAGUAUUGCCCAGUGUAAUAUUACCUAGUGUAAUAGUAUUGCCCAGUGUAAUAGUAU